AUGCUUUUCCAAAUCUUGAGCUUUUUUGGUUGCUCUAAGCUCAUCCGCUUUGAUGUUUCUUACAACAAAUUGGUGGGGCAACUUCCUGUGGAGUUUGACUACUCUUCGUUAAAACUUCAGGUUAUACAUAUUUCACAUAAUCAACUUAGUGGAGGUAUCCCUUCUUCUUAUGGAAAUCUAUCAUAUCUUCAGAAAUUUGUUGCAACCAUAAAUAAUUUCCAUGGGAGUAUUUCUGACACUUUUGGAAAAUUGACAAAUCUUCAGUUUACUGGAUCCAUUCCAGUUUCAAUAUCCAAUAAUUCAAAUCUUUUCAAUCUUGCAAUAGCAUUGAAUGAGAUUACUGGGGGAGUGCCAGCUUUGGACAAGCUGCAUAAACUUCGGUGUGCCUCUAGUUUAGUGGAAAUUGAUCUUCUCUAUAACAAUUAUGGAGGAAUGCUGAUUGAAACCAUUGGCAACCUGUCAACUAAUCUGCAAAACAUGGAUCUUGAUCAAAAUCAGAUAUUAGGUAGCAUUCCAUCUGGGAUAGGAAAUCUCAUCAACUUGGAACGUUUAUGGCUGUCUGAGAAUCAAUUUACAGGUAAUAUACCAUUUGAUAUUUCUCAAAACAAUUUUCAUGGUAGCAUCCCUUCAUGUCUGAGCAACUGCAUAAAUUUGUUGCGUCUGAGCCUUGCACAGAACAACCUUAAUGUGCCAUUACCCCAACUAGCUAUUGGUCUCUCCUCAUUAUUAGAGUUGGACCUAUCUCAAAACCCUUUGACAGGUUCUCUUCCAUUGUGUAAUGUUGGAAACACUAUGUAUGGAGCCAUUCCUUCUUCUUUGACUUCUUUGAGAAGUGUUCAAAUUUUGGAUCUCUCUCACAACAAUUUGUUGGGAAGAAUUCCAGAAUAUCUCGAGGCUUUUAAACUCUUGCAGAUUUUGAAUUUGUCUAACAAUGAUUUUGAGGGUGCAGUACCAACGAAAGGUAUCUUUACAAAUGCAAGUGCAAUUUCAGUCAAGGGAAAUCGCAAACUUUGUGGAGUUUUGGGUUGGUGCAGAGGAAUUCUUGAAUAUGGUGCAAUAAUUGUUGCCGUGAAGGUGUUGAUUAUCAAGGUAAUGAUUUUAAGGUCCUGGUUUAUGAUUUCAUGGAAAAUGGAAGUCUGGACGAGUGGUUGCAUCCAGUUAACAGAGAAGAUGAGUUGGACAAUGAACCAAAGAAAUUAA